AUGUCUACUAUCUCUGUCAAGGUCGUGUUUGGCGGGGGCCUCGAGCAGUUGUUCUCCAAUGAAAAGACUCAUGGCAUCUCAUUGCCAAGUCAGAUCCCGGUAACAUGGGAUCCGUCUCAAGUUAUCAAAAUAUCGGGAACACAAAGCGAAGAGAAGAGGCCUGUGAACAUCACUUACCUCAUACACUGGUUGAAAGAACAUCUGUUGAAGGAGCGAUCGGAACUGUUCGAAGAAGGGGGUACAGUACGACCCGGCAUACUGGUUCUCGUUAACGAUACGGACUGGGAGCUUGAGGGGGAAGGAGACUACGAACUCAAGGACAACGAUGAGAUCGUGUUCAUCAGUACAUUGCACGGCGGUUGAGGUCACGUCUACCGCGGGAAAGCCUGUGUUCAAGAUUGAUCCCUUGUAAACAUUGCUCGGUGGAACUAUGAGUCUUGAUCACCUUUGGAUUUUCUAUGUACGCUCAUUGGGAUGUACUCGCUUCGACUAAGCAACGUAUGUUUCGGUUGCAUCCGGAGAGUCAAUGCACUGCUGUCAUAUUCAGCCCGG